CAAAUCGUCUGCUAGGGUCAAAAUUAGGAACAUAUUGAUAACAGAGCGGGAAUUAUAACCGAUAAGUUAUUUUAAGUGUUGCUUUGGCCUUCAGUAAUCAUGCUGAGAUUGCUUACCAUGUCUCGUGAGACUGCUUCUCGUCGAAUAUCAAAUUUGAGGCAUAUCUUGGAUAGGAGUCAAGCAAUUUCUGGGAUUAAAUUUUUUUGCUCAUCUAGUGGAAAUGAAUUUGUUAGUAUUGGUGACGUUUCCGUGAAAACAGAAAAUCCUAAAAAUCCCGCCUUGGUUCCUAUUAAAUACAUACCUGAAGGAAAAAUACCUCAGAGUUUACUCCAACAUUUACGAUGGAUAAUGCAAAAGGAUGUUUUAGGCCAAGAUAUAUUCCUUAUUGGUGCUCCAGGACCUUUAAGAAGAUCAGUCGCCAUGAUGUAUCUGGAAUUAACUCUCAGGGAAGCCGAAUAUAUAUCACUAUCUAGAGAUACUACUGAUAGUGAUUUAAAGCAAAGAAGAGAAAUCCAAUCGGGAACAUCGCAUCAUAUUGAUCAGUGUGCUGUCAGAGCGGCUACCGAAGGUCGAGUUCUAAUUCUUGAGGGAAUAGAAAAAGCUGAAAGAAAUGUACUUCCCGUUUUGAACAAUUUAUUAGAAAAUAGAGAAAUGCAAUUAGACGAUGGCAGAUUUUUAAUGUCUGCUGAGAGAUAUGAUAAAUUAUUAAAAGAUCAUAGCAAGGAAGAACUUGAUUCAUGGAAUUUGGUCAGAGUAUCCGAAAAAUUUAGAGUUAUUGCACUUGGUCUGCCAGUACCAAGAUAUACGGGUAAUCCACUAGAUCCACCUCUCAGAUCUAGAUUUCAAGCCAGAGAUGUUCCAACCGUCCCAUAUCAAGAACAUUUAACUAUGCUCAAAGACGUCGGUAAAGACCUUCUACCGGAAAAAUUAAAUCAAGUCUUAUCAUUUGCUUCAACUCUAAGAACAGAGGAGUCUAGACAACUCUCUUUACCUGAUUUCCCAAUUGAUAAUAUACAUAAAAUUGUGGAUAUUAUGAAAGAUGUCCCAAUAGCAAAUGUUCAAAGGUUACUAGAGCUUAUGUAUCCGUAUCACAUAUUGUUAACAAAAGAAGGUAAAACGGCGGUUGAAGAUUCAUUAAAAACUUUUAAUUUGAAGCAAGAAUUAGAACCUUCUAUGUUUAUAUCUGAAAUUUCAAGAAAGGGUAAUGAAGCUGAAGUUACUGUUAUGCAAAAUAGAACAUCGGCAACUUUCAAAGUCAAAAGUGGAACGAAUAAUGAGCAAAGAUUGAUAGAAGAAUUUGUAGCUACGGGUUAUCAUGAUAACAUGCUUGCCGAAAUGAUGCUAAGUCAUAAAGUUCACGAUCUUUGUAUUGUCGGUCCACGGGGUUGUGGAAAAUCUAUUGUUGUUAACCAAUUUGCGAAUAUGUUGGGUUAUAAUGUAGAGCAUAUAAUGUUAUAUCAAGACAUGUCUGCAAGAGAUUUAUUGCAACAACGAACAACAACACAGUCUGGAGAUACGAUUUGGCAACCUUCAGCCUUGGUAACUGCUGCAAGAGAGGGUUCACUAGUUGUCUUGGAUGGAGUUCACCGAGCGAAUGCGGGAACCUUUGCCGUUUUACAACGGUUAAUUCAUGAUCGGGAGCUAUCAUUGUUUGACGGAACUAAAUUAAUGGGUCACGAUCGCUAUAAUGAGCUUAAAAGUAAGCAUAGUUUAACUGAUGAGGAAUUGGCGAAUAGGAAUGUAUUCCCCAUUCAUCCAUCAUUUAGAAUAGUUGCUCUAUCAGAACCUCCUUCGAGUGCAAAUCAACAAAAUUGGUUAACAUCUGAAAUGCUUACAAUGUUUCUUUAUCAUACAAUGGAUGGAUUGACUAAAUUUGAUGAACAGCAUAUUAUUAAUAAAUUGGUGCCAAAAGCAGAAGGAUUAGAUCCUAUCCUACAAGUUACUCAUAAGCUAAGAGAAUCGACAGAUAGUAAUUUAAAAUCAAUAGCUACUUCGCUAUCAACAAGACAACUACUUAGGAUAGCAAAAAGAUUAUAUACCUAUCCUGGUGACAAUGUUUACGAUGUUGUACAAAAAGCCUGUUUGGCAAAAUUCCUUCCAAGACUAACUAGGACAGCUUUAGAAGAGGAAUUAGAAAGGAUGAAUAUAGCUAAGAAGCAAGUUAUAACAGGAGUUGAAAAUAUUGAAAAUUCUAUAACAUGUGGAAUUAAAAAUGGAGUAUUAAGAAUUGGAAACACAACUGUUGAUAUCAAUCAAACAGAUGCUAAAAUGAAAGUACCAGACGUAUUAUUCUAUGAAAAUCCUCAACAUCUAAUGGUUAUGGAAGAUAUGUUGAAAGAUUAUCUUCUUGGAGAACACUUACUACUCGUCGGUAAUCAAGGUGUCGGAAAGAAUAAGAUUAUUGAUAGAUUUCUCUCUCUCUUAAAUAGACCUAGGGAGUAUAUACAAUUACAUAGAGAUACAACAAUACAAACUCUAACAUUACAACCAACUGUUGUCGAUGGUGUGAUUAAGUUUGAAGACUCACCUUUAGUUAAAGCAGUAAAGAAAGGAUAUGUCCUAGUCGUUGAUGAAGCUGACAAAGCUCCUACAAAUGUUACUUGCAUAUUGAAAACUUUAGUUGAAAAUGGCGAAAUGCAUUUAAGUGACGGAAGAAGAAUCGUAAAUGCUAAUUCUAGCCUAGAACCGAGUGAGAAAAUAAUAAAGUCACAUCCAGAUUUUAGAAUGAUGGUAUUGGCUAAUAGACCCGGAUUCCCCUUUCUGGGAAAUGAUUUCUUUGGCGCAAUGGGUGAUAUAUUCAGUGCACACGCUAUUGAUAAUCCUGAUGUUACAUCUGAAAUGGAAAUGCUUCGCCAAUACGGACCACAAGUUCCAGAACAUAUACUUAAGAAAUUGGUACUUGCGUUUGGCGAACUAAGAACGAUGGCCGAUGAAGGACAAAUAAAUUAUCCAUAUUCAACUAGAGAAGUUGUUAAUAUGGUUAAGCAUCUUCAGAAAUAUCCUAAUGAAGGUCUAUCAUCAGUUGUACAAAACGUUUUCGAUUUUGAUUCAUAUAACAAAGAAUUAAAGGAAACAGUUGUUGAAACUAUGCACAAACACGGAGUUCCAAUUGGAGCAAAUCCAAAUAAUAUUAAAUUAGCCAAGACGAUCAAUCUUCCAGAUUUUGUUAAUAUUGGUAAAAUACAACUUAUAAGAUCACCUGAGGCAUCAGUCUGUUCUGUAGAGGAUAAAAAGUUUAGGGUUAAAGGUACGGUUAGGAAUGCUCUUCAAAAUUUUCCCCUUGAAAAAACUGAAGCUCGAUCUAUCUUAUUCUCUGAACAAGAGAGUCAUUGGACAUUGCCGUUACACGAAACUAGCGCAGUUGUUGAUGUGGCAGUAACCAAAGCUCAAAUGAGAUCUCCGGUUCAGGAUAAGAAAAGCUUAGAAGAUAUUAUCCAUGUUAUUACAGCUAAUCCUAUUAGUUUAUAUUCAAUGAAUGCGUCCAAACAACAUCUAACCUGUAUAGACCUAUAUAACUUCUUCCCAACGACUAAAGUCUCUAGCAGGUUUAAGCCAAAGAUAACUAUUAUCCCUCUCUCCUCCCCUUUGGACUAUUCUAUAGUCCUUCACGAGGAAGAAACAAAUACAACUUUAUUAAUCAAUUAUGAAAAUGGAGAUGUUUCUAAGUUAGAAACUCAGACAAUGCUGGAAAGCGCCGCUCAGAAGGUUACAAAAAAUUUUAGAUCUUAUCAAGGAUUAUAUAGGAUAUGUGGAGAUUUUACUCACGAAACUCAUCAAAUAUUAAUCUAUAAAAAAAAUGAAUCUAAAAUAGAAGUUAUUGACCUCCUUCAAGGUAUUUGUCAUUGCGUCACAUUACCUGGAAAGAUAAGCAAUUUACAUAUGCCUUCAAGAUACGAUUGGCUUAUAAAUGAUGACGAAAAUAACAAGAGAUAUUUAAUAUCACAUACAAAGGAGAAUCCCUAUGAGUAUACAAUACAAACACUCUCUGAAGCAAACUCUGAUCUAGAAAUGAUUGUGGCUGAAAUGGAUAGAGUUAGUAAUUCACCUAUGCAUUCUACCCAUCUCUCCCACGUUCUUAAUGAACAAAUUGAAAGUCCUAAUAGAGUUUUAAUGAAUUCACAAACUUACGCCUCUAUUGCAGUAGGAUUUCCUGAAUUAUCCAGUUCGGAUAUAUAUACAAUUCCUAGAAAAGUUGAUAAUACUGCAAACGAAUACUUUAAGAAAUUAGUUUCUGGCAAAGCUAAAGGAACACCCGUAGCCUAUCUUCCAAAUACUUCUCAGGUCGUCAGAUUAAUGCCAACCUAUGGCGUUCCUGAGGAGGCAGGAGUAACCAGAGAAUCGGCUAGAUAUUUAUCCGGAUAUUUAGAAGUUACCGAUCCUCUUAAUAAGAAAAUUAGAUACCUUCCAAUUCCAGGAGUUUCGAAUUAUUCCGUGUACAAUCAAUGGUUUGUAAGAGAUUCGGACGUUGACAUCAUAAUGAGUCCUACAUCAAAUGAUGGUAUUGUUACGGUAGAUGGAGGAGGAUGCGUCAGAUUGUGGGAAACUUCAAUAGCUCAUUUAGAUAGCUCUCUGGGAAGCUGGAGACAAAUGAUAGGCUCAAUGGACUUUGAAAACUUACAAAUUACAAGAGGAAAAGACGGUCCUCAACCGCCAAUGGAUUUUAGCGGACCUAAACACGGUAGAGUAGAUCCAUCCAAUGCUCCUCACGUUGGCGGAAAUCAAUGGGCUGGCGGAAGUGGCGGCCGAGACACAGCUGGUAUGGGUGGAGGUGGAGGACCUUAUAGACUGGAUUCGGGCCACGAUGUCACACAGAUACCAGAUUGGCAAAAAAUGAAUAUUCCCCCAGAAGUUCUCUUAGCCGCUCGGGAAAUGGGCUUAAAAGCUUGGAAAGAAAGAUUAAAACAAAUUGAAAUGAGUGAAUAUGACGGCGAAAUGUAUGAUCGUUUCUCGCAAGCUGUGCAAAGGCAAGUUCAGUCGUUGAGGGUUAUCUUGGAAAAUCUACAAGCUAAAGGAAAAGAACGCCAAUGGCUAAAACAUCAAUCGCACGGUGACCUCGACGAAACUAAAUUAAUUGAAGGAUUAGCAGGAGAAAAGUCAAUUUAUAAGAGAAGAGGCGAAAAAGAACCUGAAAUGGGCACUCCCCAGCAAAAACCAAAACUGUUGAGGCUCGUUGUCGAUGUCUCAGGAAGUAUGUACAGAUUCAACGGGUACGACGGUAGAUUGGAAAGAUCUCUUGAAGCUUGUCUUAUGGUUAUGGAAGCUCUUGAGAAUUUUGAACAUAAAGUUAAGUUUGAAAUUGUUGGACACUCGGGAGAAGGACCUAGUUUUGAUAUGCUGAAAAAGGAUAAACUACCUAAAAAUAAUAAAGAAAGAUUAAAUGUUCUUAAAACGAUGCACGCUCAUUCUCAAUUUUGUAUAAGUGGGGAUCAUACGAUAGAAGCCACUGAAGAAGCAAUUAAAAAAAUAAAAGAAGAAGAGGCUGAUGAGCAUUUCGUUAUAGUUCUAAGUGACGCCAAUCUAGAUAGAUACGGAAUAAGACCAAAACAUUUAACAGAAGUCUUAACAAUGGAUGAAGAAGUCAAUUCAUACAUUAUCUUUAUUGGAAGUUUAGGAAAUCAAGCCCAAAGUUUGGUAAAACAAUUGCCAUCGGGACGAGGGUUCUUAUGUAUGGAAACAAAAAAUUUACCCCAAAUUCUUCAACAAAUAUUUACAUCAACUAUGCUUGCAACAUAA